AUGAGUUUAGCUAAUUAUUGUUGUAGAUUAUUAGAUGUUUAUAAUUCAGAGAAACAUUUAUAUCUUAUAUUUGAAUAUUGUAAUACUGACCUUCAUAAAUUUCUUAAAAAUAAUCCUCAAGAUCUUUCUAUUGACUUUAUUAGACAUGCUUCAUAUCAGAUGUUAGAUGCACUAGCAUUUAUGCAUUCACAUAGAAUUCUUCAUCGAGAUAUUAAACCAUCAAAUGUCUUAUUAAGUGGAGAUGUAGUUAAAUUAGCAGAUUUUGGAUUAGCACGCUCUAUUAGCAUUCCAAUAAAGAGAUAUACAGUGGAAGUAGUUACAAUGUGGUAUAGACCACCAGAAUUGAUUCAGAAAUAUAAUGUUUAUGGGUCAGGAAUAGACAUAUGGGGGAUGGGAGCUGUGAUUGCUGAAAUGAUUCUUCAUGAACCAAUAUUUAGAGGAGAUAGUGAUAUUGAUCAAUUGCAUAAGAUUUUUGAUAUUCUAGGAACUCCAAAACCAUCAGAGUAUCCUGAUUUAGAUUAUUUCACAGAUAAAAAGGUAUUUGAUUAUUUUCCAAAGAAUCGUAUUGAAAUUCUAACGAAAUUAAAAACAAUUGGUGGAGAUGGAUAUAAUUUAUUGAUGAAAAUGUUUGAAUAUAAUCCUGGAAAAAGAAUAUCAGCAAGAGAAGCAAUGAAAGAUCCUUUUUUUAUAAAACAUUAA